AGAGAGCAUCUCUCCAUCUGAAUAUAAAACCCUUUCUAAUUACUCGCCUCAUCGUCGUCUACCUCUCUCUCUCUCUCUCUCUCUCUCUCUCUCUCUCGCGGCGCAGAUGGAUCCCGAUGCAGUGGCGAAGGCCUUCGUGGAACACUACUACUCAACCUUCGACACCAACCGCGCCGGUCUAGCCGGUCUCUACCAGGAGGCUUCCAUGCUCACCUUCGAGGGUCAGAAGAUCCAAGGAGUCCAGAGCAUCGUCGCCAAGCUCACCUCUCUCCCCUUUCAGCAGUGCAAGCACAAUAUCUCCACUGUCGAUUGCCAGCCUUCUGGUCCCGCCUCCGGUAUGCUCGUUUUCGUCUCCGGCAACCUCCAGCUCGCCGGCGAGGAGCACGCCCUCAAGUUCAGCCAGAUGUUUCACUUGAUGCCGACUCCACAAGGAAGCUUUUACGUGUUCAACGAUAUCUUCAGGCUCAACUACUCCUGAUUACAUUGUUGUUGCAUUCCUAUUUGAGCAAUCCUUUUAUCAUAUCCCUCUCUAUUUGUCUUUUUUUUUUCUUCAUUCAUAUAUGAUUUGUCUUGAGAACAGAGGAAAAAACUCUUAGUCUAUUGUGUUUGGUUUGGUUUGGUCAUUUUCCGUUUACAAUCUAUUGGCUUGAUCAGACACUUUGAAACAAA